AGUGUACACAAAACCUCAUAAUUAUCUUGUAUACCUGCAAUUCAUUUGAAAAUAGGUAUAAUUAGAAAAAGUAUACACAAAUUGUACACAAAAUCCCCCUAGUUGCCUGUGUACACAGACAAUUCAUUUAAAAAGUGGCAGGACUUGAUGUCAAAUGCCUGUGUACACAGACAAUGUACACAUUUUGUGUACAUCUUGUGUACACCAAGAAUGAUCCAUAAUUUGAUGCAAAAACCUCUGAUUGCAUGUGUAUGCAAGUAAUGGACAAUUUGUGUACUAAAAAACAAUUCCACAUGGCCAAAUGGGCUCCUAACUGACGGUCUUUCAGCCUUUCUUUCUUACUUGUGCCAGUAAAGACAGAACUGUAAUUACUUCUCCAAUGUAAUCUUUUACUGCCAUCGCUAUAGUAGCAGUAAUUACCUUCGUGUUCUCCUCCCUUUCUUAUUCUCUUCGACAUACUCCGUAUAAAUUAGAUCAGAUACUCCAUAAUGCUCUGUGCCCGUACUUCUCCUCAAUUUCUAUUGCCGGCGUGCUCGUCAUAAUCCGAUCACACCGUUCCGAGAAAACGGAACACUACUAUUGUAAAUAACAGGCAGGGAAAUGAGGCUGCCGAUGGUUGAUUGCCGGGGAUUGAUCGAUUUCUGCAGGGCUUUCGAGCAGCACAAGAACAGGUCCCGAUUCCAAUCCAGCAAGAACAAGCAAUCACAGGACAAGAUUCCCUUGUGCUCCGAUCACUCCCCGAUGGCGGCCCUUGAUUUGGUAUUACUCAUCUUGGUUCUCGGAUCUCUGGGUUUUCUCCUAAUCCCCUAUUUCACUUCCGUGUUCGCCGAGGCUUUUCCGAUCAUCUGCGAAAUCGUUCUGGAGUGUAUCAACGAAACCCCCGUGGAGUAUUUCGUCGGUGUUGUGGCGGCUCUAUCGGGAGUUCUGGUAGUGAUCGUGGCCUGGGAGGUCGUCGAUUUGCGGUCGAGGAAGUGCGGGAAACCUAACUGUCAAGGAUUGAGGAAAGCGGUGGAGUUUGAUAUCCAGCUAGAGUCCGAGGAGUGUCUCAAAUAUCUUCCGGCGGAGGCGUCGUUCAAUGGGAACACCUUUUACAAUUACGGCGUGAAGCCGUUGGAGCUCGGGCAAGACCGCAAGGAGCUGGAGGCUGAGCUCAAGCGGAUGGCGCCGCCGAAUGGCCGCACUGUUCUCAUCUUCCGGGCACCCUGUGGCUGCCCUGCAGGUAGAUUGGAGGUUUGGGGGAAUAAGAAAAUCCGUAGGGUUAAGAAAUGAAUUUACAGUCUCCCAGAAAUAUAUAUUUAUACACACUUUGUUAUUAUUGCUAUCCAAAGAUCCAUUCUUAUACCAUGAAUAAAGUAGUAGUAUGAGAUAUUAGUGAAUCUUUUCAUAUCAUCAUCAUAUAGAUAUGCAUACCAAUAAGAUCUUUUGAUAACGCUGUAAUAACAAAUGCACAGAUGAUUUUGUAUAGUACACCUAAUCCUUCCUGCCCUCUUAUGUAUGUUCUUUAUUUGCUGAGAUCA